UCAAAAAGAAAUAAGAAAAACUUGUAGAAAAACACGAAAAUAAAAUCGCAACAUUAAGAACGCAUUCAUUUCUGAAGUGUUGUUGUUGCUGUUGUUGUUGGUGAUUCUUGUGAGAAAGAAUGCACAAGUGAGAAAUUGAAUUCAUACGGCUUGUCAUUCUCAGCUGCUGGAAAAAGGAAGGAAAUUGUUUCUAAAGAAAAACAAAUUAACUUAAUAAUUAAAUUUAAUGCAAAUUAAUUUGUGAAUGAAGUUAUGAAUUGAGAAUGAAGAAAUGAAUGGCUUGAAUUAUUUUUACCGAAGAGAACAAGGGUUUCGUUUUAUCAUUUUGGUAAUCCUUUCGUUUUUUGCGAAGUGGUGAACUCGGUGUUGUGCUGUGUGUGUGUGUUUGUCUGUGUUUUUUUGUGGAGUUGAAUAACUCUACUACGGAGAUUUAUUUCGUUCGACUUACCGGAAACCAAGAACCGACACAAGGAGUAUCGCAAAUUUUUAUUUGCACGCACAAAAACAAAACUAUGCCCCGCGGUAAACGUCGUUCCAAUCACGAUAUGGGCGAUGAUGAUCGCCAAACUUCAAAAAGACAACGGAACACAUAUGCAACAGCGACGGCAACGGCACAAAACACAAGUAGCAGACGCCACAUACGAGCAGAGGACACCUUCAGCCAUAAAAGAUGUUUAGCAUGGUUUAGAGAGUACACAAAUCCAGAUGAGGACACAUUAGGUCCUGAUGGCAUGGAAAAAUUCUGUGAAGAUAUUGGCGUUGAACCUGAAAAUGUUGUUAUGCUGGUAUUGGCGUACAAAAUGGGUGCCACACAAAUGGGCUUUUUUAGCCAAUACGAAUGGCUGAAGGGCCUCACCGAACUGGAGUGUGAUUCAGCUGUUAAAAUGCAAUCAAAAUUGGAUUAUUUGAAAAGUAUAUUGAAUGAUCCGAAUGUAUUCAAAAGUAUAUAUCGUUAUUCGUAUGAUUUCGCAAAG